AUGUCACUCACCCGCACCCUUCUCCGCACCCCGCACACAAUAGCCUGCAUCGGCCGCAACUACGCCGACCACAUCAAAGAGCUCAACAACACCACCCCCAGCGUCCCAUUCUUCUUCCUCAAGCCCCCCGGCACCCUUCUACACCCCAACGCCGGGCCCGUGCUGUGCCCGCGCGGCGUGGACCUGCACUACGAGGUUGAGCUAGCCGCCGUCAUUGGCCGCGAGGCUGACGACCUGACUGCUGAGAAUGCGUUGGACGCCGUGAAGGGGUGGUGUGUGGGGAUUGAUAUGACGGCGCGGAACUACCAAGAAACCGCCAAAUCCAAGCGCCUCCCCUGGACGCUCUGCAAAGGCUUCAAGACCUUCCUCCCCGUCUCGGGGUUCAUCCCAAAGUCACUCAUCCCCAACGCGCAGGACGCAGAGCUGUACUUGAGCGUGAACGGGGAGGUGCGGCAGCAGGACAGCACGGCGCUGAUGCUGUUCGGCGUGCCAAAGCUGCUGCAGCACGUCACGGGCGUGACGACGCUGUAUGAGGACGACCUUGUGCUCACGGGGACGCCGAAGGGUGUUGGUAAAGUGGUGGCCGGCGAUGUGAUGCGUGCGGGGAUAAGGGUUGGUGGCAGGGAUAUUGAGGAGGGGAGGAUAGAGGUUCGGGUGGAGGAUCGGGUGGGGGGGUUUGGGGCGUAG